AAGUAAUCUGUUGAUAGGACAAAAAUUGGUUACUUAUAUUCACUUUAAGGGCCAAAGAUUUUAAUUAGAUAGUCACUUAUGACUGCUAGAUGUCGCCCUCGUUUGCCUUACCCGAGGAGAUGAAAUUAAGAGAAUGAACGGUGUCCCUCGACUGUACAUUUUCAUUCUGGUAUUGCAAUAUUUUUGUAUUGCAUAUACAUCUAAGUGUAAAUUUCCUGAAUUUUUACAAUCUUAUACAAGAGAUGGAUGGCUAUCGAUUACACAUCGUUUUUGGAAGAGUCAUAUUGUGGAAAAGAGAUAUUCGAAUUAUACAACAGACUAUAUGGUUAAAGGAGGUAUUGUUAAAGUUUUUCACAGGAAUGAUCAGAAAAAGUUAUAUAAAUUCGUUUAUUUGAUGAAAUGCUUGGAAUUAUUGCAUGAAAGGAAGUUUAUAAUUCUUUAUCAAUCGAAAAUAAAUUCAAAAUCGAGCUACAGGUGUGUUCAUUUUAUAAAAAGAAGUUUAAACGUUGUUCAGAUGGAAAAAUCAAAAGGUACGAGAAAGCUAGAGUUAGCUAGAUAUUUGUGUUCAAAAGAAAAUUUAAUUCUUGAUCCAUGGAUUUGGAUAACAAGCAGUCCAAAAUUUGAGUUCUCCAAAUGCCCGUUUCACGGUGUUUACCGAUUUUUCGUGGGCAAAACAGUGACAGGAAAUUUAUGUGAAAGAUUACAUCUACAGAGAAUAGAGAGUGAAUGUGAGACUGGGGAAGGAUUAAUUUUUCAGUGGGGAAAGCCGCAAUGCAUACCUAAAAUUAAUAUGUCUUUAAAUCAGAGACUGCAUUGUAUUGCAUUUUGGAAACAUGACAAGAAAAAUUAUAAUAUAAUUUUAAAACGAGAUAAUCAAGAGUUUUUUUGGAAUCUGCGGAUGCCAAAAAGUCAUGGUGGCUUAAUCAGAGCUAAGCUAUUCAGAGAUUUGACGGUCGAUUCCACUGGCAAAUUCAUUGAUUUAUAUUUAUGGAGCUAUGAAUCUAGAAAAAAUUAUGAAUUUUGUCCUCGAGAAUCACCGCAUAUCUGCCCCCAAAAUAAAUCUAAAUCCAAACAUUUGGAUACAUAUUACUACGAAAAUUGUCCGAGACAAAGUGGAGUCUGCUCUGAUGAAAAGCCUUUCUUAUGUACCCCUCCUGAUUUGUUAAUCGGAGAGUGGACAACGACUUCAAAUGAUAUAAGAGUAUCUCUUAAAAUUGAAAGGAACGGGAAGAUCUUUUUGAAUGAUCAAAUCUAUCAAAGUAUUAAAUGGGAUAUAGGAAAAAGAGGUGACAAAUGUAUUGAUGUCGCAAAGGGAGAAUUUCAUUUAAUGCUUGUUAGACAGUUUAAAAAUGGCUGUAGUAACCGUUAUUUGUGUUUGAAAUUGUUAAUGAAGAGUCCAUUUAUCUUAAAAUUUAGGUUAUCUCAAGCAUAUAAAUGGCCACCACCAACAGAAAAUUUCCGUGUAGAUUGCAAAAGUUUUCCAUUCGAUUCUUAUGGCGAUUCGUUUCAUCCAUUUACGAAGUCUCAUUGGUUACCAGCCAAGAAAAAAGAGGCAAAAGUUACUUCUUUUGUCGCGUGCAGGCCAUUCAACAAAUCAUUUCUUAAUCAAACUUUUUCAAUAAGUCCAGCAAUGAAAUGCCCUGUUAAAUUGAGUUAUAAUGAAAAUAGGGAAUAUUUUCGAUUGAUAAGAGAUAGAAGUAAGUGUUCACAGCCCUUCAUCAGCACAUAUGACUGUAUAGAAGCCUGGGAUAUGAAGCAAAGUGAAAUACCAGGACGCUAUAUUGUCGUAGUGAAUCGUGAAAGCAAGACUUUUACAUGUUUCGUAUUCUACUCAUCAGAAUCGAAUUUGACAGAGGGAUUUGUCCAGUUACCGUUCGAGCUAUGCCAUGAUAAGUUAAAGCACUUUAGUAUGCAAAACUCGACAAAACUUAAACAGUUUUCUAGAAGACAAGUGAUCCAUGAUGAAGAAUUCGAUUGGCCCGAAUCUGCAAAGAACAUGGAUGGACGAGCUUCAUCGCUCUUAGCUCACUUCCGUUUCCCUUUAACAACUCUAUAUGGAUCAUUGUACUACAAAUCUUUUUAUUAGCUAUAUUAUUAAAAAUAGUAAAAAUCCACAUAUACCGUGUACAUGUGUCUGAAAUCCAUUUACAGUAUACGCAAUGUACGGAUAAAUUGAAUAUGUGCAUAAUUAAUAAACGCAAAGCAGCCGUAUAAAACCGU